CGGGCAAUUCUCUCGCCUCGUGAGAGAUUAAAACUUCUCGUGUCUCUCUCCAGAUGUCAUAACACCUGAUUUUGUUUAUACAUUCGAACUUGGAAAUUUUGUGGUGUCAAUAGUGAAGUGGAUAAUUAUCCAGUGACCGUCACGUCCAUUUGUAAUGAACAAACAUACCGCGCGUGACUCUGACGAAUCAUGAGAAGGUCCAAGAGCAAGCAUAAAUCGGAGCCGCGUGUUUCCUGAACCGCGACAAAUCCGGGUGACAUCAAUACUCCAAGAAGACAAGCUAAGUCAAAAUUGGUGUAUCGCGAAAGGAUCACCGUUUCGGGAAGAUGUCCGCCGCUGGGACCACGCCGCCAAACGCGAACGGUCCGCUUGUACCUUGUCCGUAUCUUGCUUUGCCAACUCUAUCUUUCUCCGUCAGUCAAGUGGCAACGGUUUGCGAGACCCUAGAAGAAAGCGGCGACAUCGAGAGGCUGGCCAGGUUCCUAUGGAGCCUUCCAGUCGCUCAUCCCAAUAUUCAGGAAUUGAACCAGAGCGAGGCUGUUCUCAGGGCGCGAGCCAUUGUGGCGUUUCAUUCGGGACAUUAUCGGGAGCUUUACGCUAUACUAGAGAGGCACAAGUUCACCAAGGACUCUCACGGUAAAUUGCAAGCCAUGUGGCUAGAGGCACAUUACCAGGAAGCCGAAAAACUCCGCGGUCGGCCGCUAGGACCCGUGGACAAGUAUCGCGUAAGGAAGAAAUUCCCAUUGCCGAGGACAAUCUGGGAUGGCGAACAGAAGACGCACUGCUUCAAAGAAAGAACCAGAUCGUUACUCCGAGAAUGGUACCUCCAGGAUCCUUAUCCGAAUCCGGGAAAGAAGAGGGAGCUAGCCGCCGCGACGGGACUCACACCAACGCAAGUUGGAAAUUGGUUCAAGAAUAGGAGACAGAGGGAUCGCGCUGCUGCAGCGAAAAACAGCAGAAUGCAGCAACAGUCGGGUCAAGGAAACGGAAACGCGCGACGUACUCUGAGUCCGGGACCCGGCGGCAGCAGCAGCGAAGAGUCCGACAUUUCCCUCGGAGGAACAUCACCUCCAUCACCAAGUUCCUCGCCGCCACCGAACCACCAACCGUCCCCGGUACCGCUUGGAUCUCUCGGACCUUUGCCACCACCCUCUUUGAACUUCCGUUUCGAUCCUACGCAGACGCACUUUCGAUUCGGUCAUACGACGGCUUUCAAGUUCCCACCGACGAGCUUCCGAUUUGGACCGCAUAGUCCGCAGCCUAACCAUCCGAAUAUGCCGGGUGGUGGGAUUUUCAGGUUCGCGGAGUCGAGCCCUUUCCAGGCUGUAGGACCCAGGGGUGAUCCGGCGACGAGAGAAAAUGCAGUUCUUUCUUUACUCUAUUACAGACUGCCGGAUUCGCUGGGUUUGCCACCGCCAAGAUUGCAUCCGCACGAAGGUCUGCUACACCACCCGCACCCCCAGCAUCAGCUGUCCGAGGGAAUAUCUAGGAUAUCCGAAACGUCGCGAUUAUCGGACGGUGGGUUAUCUCGUCUUUCGGACAGCUUAUCGGAGGCCCACAGCCCACCAUUGAUGGCGGCAAACCUAUCGGUCACCGGUCCGCUGAGGGUGGCUGUACCUAGCCCGCAUACCCCCUCGUCUCGAGGAAGUCCACCUCCCCGUCAACCAACACCUCAGGGUCAGUCCCAAGGUCAGGGGUUGAUAAGGGUCGCAACGCCACCACCAGCGAAUCCGAGACCGCAGAUUCAUAGGCCCUUUUCGCCUGCGUGAUACGACAAGGACGACGAAUCGCAAAACGCCGUCGAUACAGAUAAUCGUUUAAUGUCGAAAAAGAGCUACAGGUGCGGUAACGUCGUGAAUGAGAGUUUCGAGGUGUUGUGAAGGCGGGGGUUUUGAGAAGAAUCAUCAUGGAUCACAGGGAAGAAUCGGUUGUGUCUAUAGAAAAUUAUAAAUGUGCGUGGUAUCACAGAUCCAACAUUCUGAGGGAACUUUUCACAGUUUCGUGAAGACCGAUAUAACGAAACGGACUAGGAUCAAUAAAGUUACGGAGAUUAUUCAAAGAUAGAUGCAAGAUGUGAACCAGUAUCUAGCAAGAUGGUUUUCUUCCACAACAACAGUUAGCUUUACUGAAAAACAGAUCUAAGGAGCUAGAAAUAAUGCACGCAAAGGAGAAUCAACGAUACCAAUACAUAGAUACAUUGCCGAAAGUUCUACUCGGAGACAUGAGAAGUUACUACACUAUGAAUCUUAGGAAGAAUUCAUUUAGUGAUGUGUGAUAGGACGCUCUUAUAAAAUGCGGAAAUAGACGUUUCGAAAAGUGAGUGCAAAUCCGCUAAAUAAGUGCAAUCUCUCGAAUUUUAAAAAGAAAAAAACAAACGAUCAGGGCGUGUACAUAACUUCCGUUGGACGUUCCCAAUUCGUCCGUUCAUCGAAAUCCAAGAACCAGAUGCAGUGAGUCUUAUAGUUUGUAAAUAGCGCCGCUUUCUAGUUGAUACUCUCUAUCAUGAAUAGUCUCUGAGAUUGAUUGAUCAACCAGCGAAUUG